AUAUUGAAGAUUUAAUUUUGAAAUGACAGUCUCUCAUAUUGACUCCUCUGUUUAAAUUCCUAAGAAUGGAUGGGACAACUUUCACAUUCAACAAGAACUCGGCAACAGAAUUCUGUCAGGGAAUUCAUUUGUUAACAAGGCUGUACCAGACUGUAUCUGAACCAGCAGCUCACAUACAUGGCUCCCCGCUGGGCCUUAUUAUUGAAUUAACAUCAGAAGGAAACCGAGUUGCUGCACUUGUGAACGUGGCAGACGAUGUUGAUCUUCAGACCUGCGUCACUGGAAGUGGCAAGUUUGAGCUGAGAAAUGUUAAAAUUUUGGAGCUUAAUAACCUGUUGCAGGAUCUUGAUAUGCCGGUGUGUUUAAUAUUAUUCCCCAGACCAGACCACCAUUUGGAACCUACUCUUAAACUUGAUGUUAAUGCUGGGGUGGCCAGAUUGAUCAUCCUGCAGAAAGGAGAAGAGCUUGUCACACCUAGAACCUUAAUCUUUGACCAGAGCCCGCUUUCUGGUGGUGUGAAUGAUAAAAUAUCUAGAGCCAUUCUGAGCGGUUUAGGAAAAGAAUACAGGAUAGAGUUUACUGGGGAACAGGCCACAGUUACAUAUAUGGAGGAUGAACAACCACUGGAGUACUUUUUGAGUCAGACUAGGGGACGUGAAGUGAUGGUGCGUGCAGGAGUAUUUAGGAGAGAAUUGACAGAGCUUUGUGAGAGGAUAACCAUCAGAGCUUUGAAAGAUAAGAGUCUAGAAAAGGAAGAUUGCUGUUUGAGCACCAGUUUUGGCGUGCGGCUUGAUGAUUUCCAAUUGAGCAUAGCAUACGAAGAAGAUGGACAUGAUUUUGCAAAGGAUGAAUUCACCCUCAAUGCAGACAUCGGCCUGAAGGAGCUUUACUUCAACAUUUUUGCUUUCCAUGACGUACUAGACGCCUUUGCCCACGUUCACUCUAUAGAACUUAAAUUUGUUAAUGAUUUGGCAUGUGCCAGGAUAGGAAACGUUGUUUUGUUCCCUGUUAAAAAUUGAAGGAUGUUUCUGGCUUAACCCCCAAAGGUGCUCUCAACUUUUUGUCUACGAGGGUUUCGCCCCUCAACAAAUAAUAUGAGAAAUUUAGA